AUGGUUACCACCGAGGACCUCAAGACCUCCAUCAAAUCCCUCAUCAGCGCCAUCGAGGCCCAGCCCGAAUUUGCAGGGCAGCACGCGGCUCGCAAGGGCAAGAUCUACUUCAUGUGGGACUUCGUCACCAACACUCUGCGCAUGCUCGAAGCUUCCGCCAACAACCGCGAGGCCAAGUCCGAUGUCAUGCAGCGCAGCAUGUUUGCCAACAUCCUCUUCAACGACACCACCGGCAAGCUGACCAUGAUGACUGGUGGUGACACGAGCGAAUUCAGCGCCGACGUCAAGGCGAAGAGUGAGGACGUUCAGAAAAAGGCCGGUGACUGGGCUGUUGCCGAAGGCAUCUUGAGCGGCUAA